CGUGACUCCACCGUGAGUCAGGCUGAGUCAGGCUGAGUCAGCCCAGGCCAAUCGGGGACUCGCCGCCCACGUGUUCUGCCGCGUUUUACCGCCAGAUUCUGCCGUGCCUUUUCAGGGCCUUCGAGAUUCUUCUUCGCCGCCCGCCCACCUUUUAUCUCCCAGCUCGACGGAAGCAAGGCAAAACAGGAGAAAGAGACGGUGAAAACGGUUGAGACGGCGGUGGUGCAUAUAUUUUGACGUUCCAUCCUUGCAUGAGCACCCAGCGUCCCUACACAGCUGCUACGAACAUGUCGGACGCCCCCGCUACACACCCCAGCCAGCAGCCGUCUCGCCCAAGACCGGCCCGGCGGGGAGGACGAGGCCGUGGCCGUGGUGGCCAACGGGGACAGAAUCCUUCUGAAUUACCUUCACAAUCACAAACGCAGUCACAAUCGACGACCGAUCCCGCUUCAACGACACCAAACGAUGCCCCCCGUUCGCGGAGAGGACGCAGAGGAGGGGCCGGUGGUGGCAGACCCGAUGGUCCUCAGCGACGAGGUCACGGACGCGGGGGAAAUACUAGUCGAGCAGCAGCAAUUUGAAGGACGGUUGACGCAGCCGCAGCAGGCGUCCGAAGACGACGAAAACGAAGAGUUGAACGGAACAGAGGAGGAUGGUAAAGGACUCCGCGUGGAGGCGCCGGAAUUCGUGCCGGGGGUACAGCCGGCAGAGAAACCACCGCAGGCUCCCAAGGCUAAGGCCAAAGUCAAGGCCAAACCGCCCAAGGUGACCACCAAGUCUACCGCCCCGGAUAUCGCCACCCGGACGCACGAAGAUAUCGCCCACAACCUUUACGAGUGCCCGAUCUGCACCAGCGAACUGGGUCGACGGUCUCGAGUGUGGUCGUGCCAGCUGUGCUGGACGGUGUUCCAUCUCAGUUGCAUCAAAAAGUGGUCGCAGAACGAAGGAUCCGCCGCUGCUCAGGACGCAGCCCGCCGGCUGGAAGACGGCAACGAGGAGGCGACCGCGGCAUCACGGGCCUGGCGCUGUCCCGGGUGCAAUCUGGCACAGGAGGUACGGCCGACAACCUAUUCGUGCUGGUGUGAGAAGGAAGUCGACCCUCGCCCGCUGCCCGGUCUACCGCCACACUCGUGCGGGCAAACCUGUUCGCGACCGCGCAAGGGUUGUCCACACCCGUGCGAUGCCACCUGCCACGCCGGCCCGUGUGCGCCCUGUACGGCCAUGGGGCCUACGCAGGACUGUUUCUGCGGCCGCACCUCGUCGACCAAGCGGUGUCAAGAUACAGACUAUGAGAAUGGGUGGAGCUGUGGGGAGAUCUGUGGAGACCUUCUCCCCUGCGGAGAGCAUACAUGUCCUCGGCCCUGCCAUGAGGGCCUCUGUGGCGCGUGCGAGGUGAAGAUCGAGGCGAGAUGCUACUGCGGCAAAGUGGAAACUGAAAUGCUGUGCAGCUCCAAGGACGAGGAGCUUGAAUCCACCCGAGUGGACGAGACAACCGGUCAAUCAGACGACUGGAUCGGAUGCUUCAACUGCGGCGAUGUGUGCGACCGCCCCUUUGCCUGCGGGAAACAUACCUGUCAAAAGGCCUGCCAUCCGCAGGAUGCGCACCCAGCUCUGUGUCCAAAGUCGCCCGACGUGGUCCUGCAUUGCCCCUGUGGGAAGACUCUGCUGGCAGGCAUCCCCGACUAUACCCCCAGAACAUCAUGUGAGGACCCCAUCCCCAACUGUCGGGAAGCCUGCGGCAAGAUCCUGCCGUGCGGCCACUCCUGCGACCAAGUCUGUCAUACCGGUACGUGCGGGCCGUGUCUCCGGGUGGUGCUCAUCGGUUGUCGCUGCGGGCGCACUACAUCGCGAACGUUGUGCCACCAAGGCACCAUCGAACCUCCACAGUGCUUCCGGCAAUGCAAGAGCGCACUCCACUGUGGCCGACACGCGUGCGCCGAACGGUGUUGCCCUGGCGAGCAGAAAGCGAUUGAACGACAGGCACUCCGACGACGGCUGAAGCCUCACCUCCGACCGAGCGAUGAUGAGAUCGAAGCCGAACACAUCUGCACCCGAGUGUGCGGCCGGGGUCUGAAAUGCGGCCGACACACGUGUCCCGAGCUGUGCCACAAGGGGGCAUGCAACACCUGCCGAGAGGCGAUCUUCGAGGAGAUCGCCUGCCACUGCGGGCGCACCAUCCUGUAUCCGCCGCUGCCGUGCGGGACGCAACCGCCGCCGUGCUCAUACCCCUGCCACCGGUCGAAGGCCUGCGGACACCCCCAGACAGCCCACAACUGCCAUACCGACGACGAAUCGUGUCCCAAGUGCCCGUUCCUGACGGAGAAGGCCUGUCUGUGCGGGAAACGAACGUUGAAAAACCAGCCCUGCUGGCUGACGGAUGCCCGGUGCGGUCAGAUCUGCGGCCGACCGCUCAAGUGCGGAUCGCACGUCUGCCAGAAGGACUGCCAUCGGCCGGGCGAGUGCGAGGACGCCUGUACGCCGUGCACGCAGGCGUGUGGCAAAACCAAAGCCCUAUGCGGCCACCCGUGCACAGAACCCUGCCACGCCCCAUACCCCUGUACGGAGAAGAACCCAUGCACUGCGCCCGUGAUCAUCACCUGCGGCUGUGGACGACUCCGACAGGAGAAACGAUGCGCUGCGGCACGAGCAGUGACGACGAAGGGUAGUUCACUCCCCCAGCCGGCUACCCAGCCAACGCAGGUCCCGCGAGGCGUACAGACUCUGGCGUGCGACGAGGAAUGUGCCCGGCUAGAACGCAAUCGGUCCCUGGCGUCCGCGCUGGGCAUUGAGAUCGAUCCGUCGACCACGACAGCUGCCGGAUCGAGUACUACCGGUCAUAGUCUCCCGUAUUCGACCGAAACCCUAGAUCUCUACAUGCACCUCUCGUCGACAUCGCCGUUGGCGACUCUCCAGUCGUACGAAUCCAGUCUCCACACUCUCGCAGUGAGCGCCACGCAACGGUCUGUGCGGUUCCAGCCUGCGAAAUCCUCCCUCCGGGCAUUCGUGCACUCCCUCGCUGCAGACUGGGGAUUCGCCAGCGAAAGCUUCGACCCAGAACCGCACCGCCACGUGUUCGUCCUGAAACCCGGGGCAUGGACGCCUCCCGCGCUGUUCAACACGGGCAAUCCCACCAGUGUCGCGAUCGGGAUCGGCGGGAUGAGUGUAGGCGAGUGUAUGCGGACGCGGGAGCGGCAGCGCGCCAAGGAGCGCGAUGCGCAGCGCGUCGCGGCUGCGGAGGCCCAGGCUGCGAAAGAAGCUGCCCGGGCUGCUGGAAUAGGGAGUUUCGGUGGUGGUGGUGGUGGUGGUGGACAUGGAGUGAAUGAUGGAUGGGCGCAGGUGGCGUCUCGACGGAAACUGGGCGCAAGCGGUGGGAGAAGCCCUGCGACAGUCUCUACGACGCCUCUCUUUGCUGGUGGCUCGAUGUAUGCUGCUCUUGCGGGGGAGCAGGGCGUGUCUGGCAAGAAGGACCGGUUGGUUCUGAGGUCUGGAGUGGGUGCCAGCAAGCAGUUACGGGCUGAGGUGGUUGACAGUUGGGAGGAUGAAGUGGGGGAUGAAGAGAAUGAAGAGAAUGAGGAGAAUGAAGGGAAUGAAGGGAAUGAAGAGAAUGAAGGGAAUGAAGGGAAUGAAGAGAAUGAAGAGGAGAGUAAAGAAAAGAGUGAAGAGAGUGAAGAGAAUGAGGAAAAAGGGAAUAAAGGGCACAGUGAACAGUAAACGCCCAGAGCAUCCGCUGAAUAGAGCAAUAGAUCUUUUCUAGAAUAUUAUUUCUCAACCAAGUCUAGAUGUAGGGUAAUAUUAGAGGAUAUUCUCU